AUUCGAGCAACAUUGUGCAGAUCAGGAGAAAAGAAUGUGUGCAGGUAGGCAGCCAACACGCUGUCUUAUACCUUCAGAGAAAAAACAAUUCCUAUGUGCUAUAUGGCACUGCUUCUGUCGUACGCCACAAUAUAGGUCUCAAGCAAGCGCAAAUCGAAUGGCAGGUCUCAUAACAGCUAUUGCCGAGGGUAUUUGCCGAGCACUUCUACAUAAUUAUCACCACCAAACCUUAUUGGGUAAAACUAAACGCCGGACGCUGGAACUCAUGAUGCGGUUAUAUAUGUAAUUAUAUGCUGGAGGUGACCCGAGUGUAUCAAAAGUAUGACGUAGGAUGAUUUGACCUUGUAAAUAGCACGGGGGACGCGGCAGCAAUGUCGACAGGAAACCCAGUACAGCGCAAUCUCGACACAGCAGGACUUCGGAGGUUGCAGGACCUCGACCGUACGUUCUUUGGCGGUGGUACAGGACGCAGCCGGCCCUUUACGGCUGACGAUGUAGCGUCACCUCAGCCGUCGGGACUUAGCGCGUCCGCUAAGCAUGCGCCUUGGCCAGCGUCCUCCUCCAGUGGCGCGGGCCUCACCACCGGUCAAUUGCCACCUCUCAUGGCCGCAUGGCCUGACCCCGGCACCCCAUCCGGUGCCCCAGGCGUUCACUCCCUCCCACAAUCGCCCUCCCGAGCCCACACGCACCCACAACCCCACAUGCACCCACAUCAGCAGCACCCGCAACCACAGAACCACGGGUCAUCCUCACUGGGCGCUUCCCAGCGGCAGUACGGCACUGGCACCUCACAGCGGCCGCGGACCAUAGGCGGCAACGUCGCCAACAUGGGCGGGACUCGGAGAGCGGCCAACGCAAAGCCGCCCCGGCGUGCUGGCGCCAGUCUGGAUCCCCUCACCGCCGCCGCCACUGCAGGCGUGCCCAACCCCUGGGAGGCCGUCAUGGACGCCGCCCCCGCCACCCGUUACAGUGCCGUACCCGUGCGGAGCGCCGGUGGGUUGCAGCUGCUCAUGCCGUCCGGAUCCAGCCGGGAAGCCAUGCUGUCGUACGAACAGCGGCUGUCGUCGUACCUUUCGCCCAUGUCUGGGCCCGCCGUCACGGCGUCCGUUAAUAACCUUAGCGGCAGCGGCACGUUGCGGAGCAUGGGUGGGGGAGGCGGCGGCGGCGGGUCGCCGAUACGCAUGUCUGUGUCACCCACGCGGGCGCCGCCGACGUCGACGGGGUUCAGCGGUGGCGGCAGCAGCCACCAAGCGAGCACGCUACCACAUCCGCCGCCGCCACAGCCGCACGCAACCAUGCAUGACCUGCAGUCGCCCCAGCACGGCGGUAGCACCACAGCUGCCGUACAUUCCAACAGCAGCAACAACCCAUCCCUGCCGCCGCUGAUGCCCCGUACGGUACUGAACGCCUCGCUAGCGGCGCCGGUGACCGGUCCCGACGCACCCUGGGGCGGCGCCGGGCUGCCGUACAACGUCCAUACCUCCGGUGUAACGGAUUAUGGCAGCGGUGGCGGCGCCGGCGCCGCCGGCGGCGGUCUGGACGGCUUUGGCGGCGGUGACGGCGAGGAGUUUUGGGACGGUUGUGGGCCGCCGUCGCCGCCGCUGCUGGGGAGACUGAUCAGCGGCAAGCCCAGCAGUCGUCGUCAGGUGCAGUUGAUGGCGGAUUGGCUGGAUAACACGAUUGGAAUGCUUUGGGAGCACCAUGUGGCCUCCGCCGCCGCCUCCGCCGCCUCCGCCGCGGCAACCGCCCCCGCUGCUGCCCCCGCUGGUAAGGCCUCACCUGGCGGCACAGCGCACCUUUCAGACAGCACGUCAUUCUACAGCACAGCGCCGCCGCCGGGGCUUCCAUUGGAGGCGACGUCACCGCCGGCGUCGCAGCCGUGGCGGUUCGGGCUGGCCCCGUCCGCCGCCGGCAGCGGCGGUGGCGGCAGCGGCGGCAAGGCGGCGCUGGCCAUGCGGUUUGGCAACGUCAGCGCGGGGCUGCGGGACCUCAGCGCUAACUUGUACGGCAUAGCUACGCAGCCGCAGCUGUGGGCUGCCAUGGUGGAGGCCACCUCCGCAGUGGCCCACACGGUCGUUGCCGCGGUGGCUCAGCGCUGCUGGGAGGAGGGCGCGCUGCUGGCCCGGCUGUGGAACCUGCACACGGCGCUGCUGGACUCGGGGCUGGCGGCGGCGCGGAGGUCCCGGGAGGCGCUGAGUGCCACUGCCGCGGAGCAGGCGGCAAAGAUACGCAGGCUCGACCCGCUGAUCGACUGGGAGCUGGAGAGCCGCACCGCCAAGGAGUCCCUCACCACGGCGCUGGAGGCCUCCCGUGCGGAGGCGCUGCUGGCGGGUCGGGAGCGGGAUGCGCUGCUGCGUGAGAACGACAAGAUCAUCGCCUACUACCGCCGGGAGCUCAAGGCGUACAAACGCGAGCAGCGCAGUAACGCCUACCGCCUGGCGCGCAAGCUCCGCAACACGCAGCAGCAGCUGGAGCUCAUGACGCGCGACCGUGACGUGCUGUUCAGCGCGGUGGCCUACACCAAGUCCCAAACGGGGCAGCUGGUGGACCUCAUCAGCGGCAUGCACGGACACCUGCGGGCCGCAGUGUCGGGCAGCAUCGGCAGCGGGCCGGGCAGCGGCGGCGGCAGCACGGGGGGGGCGGGCGGGGGCAGCGGCGGAGUGAGCUUUGCGGCGGCGCUGGGAGAUGAUGGGUUUCCGGAGCUGCAGCAGAUUGAGCAGGGGCUGAAGAACAUUCAGUUCAGCGUCACAAAGGUCCGCGACGUCAACCAGGACGCGGAGGACUCGCACUUCGUGGUGGAGGAGCAGGUGACGGCGGUGGCAGCAGCCGACACGGUGGGCGACGAGCUGGUGGACGAGGUGCUGGCGGAGGGCGACCCGGAGCCCUCGCCGGAGGAGGCGGCGGCGGCGGCUGCCAUGGCGGCGGCGCAGCAGACGACGGUACCCAGGCAGGAUUCCGGCAGUGACGAGUACGACAGCGAUGACGACCCGCACAGCGCGCUGUCCAUGAUGGCGGAGGCGGCGCUGAGGGGAACCGGGGAGAGCUCUGACGAGGAUGAUGAUGAGGACGAUGAGGAGGACGAAGAUGAGGAGGAGGAGGAGGAGGACGAGGAGGAGGAUCUGCCCAUGGUGGGGGUCGCCGAGGUGGAGGAGAUCAGGCCGGAGGAGCCCUUGCCCUCGCGGGGAGCGACCCCUGGGUCGGCCGGCAGCCGCAGCCGCCACCAGUCCCCAACCAAUGCCGUGUCCACUCCCGUCGAGGCCGGCAGCGACGCCGGCACACCCGCGCCGGCGUCACCCUCGCCGCCGGCGGCCGCUGAGGAGGGCGAGGCGACAGCAGAUCGACCCGCCACCUCCGCCACCACCGUAUCUGACGCUCCCUCCACAGCAAACGCUGACGGCGACGGCGACGGCGACACCCCUCCCGGCUCUGCUGGCGACGGCGGCGGCGGCGGCGCCGCCGCCGACCAGCCCCCCGCUGACGCCGCCGCUUCCGGCGAACCCCCGGCUGCCGGCAAGAAGAGACGCAACAGGAAUAAGAACAAGGGCGGCGGGCGCGUCAGCGCCGCCGAAGGCGACGGCGACGGCGGCGGCGGCGACGCGCCUCCCGGCUCCGCCGGCGGCCACCCCAAGCGCGUGUUCACGGUUGCCAGCGCCAGCAGCCAGACGGGCAAGGAGCUGCUCAAGGGGGUGGCGGACCCGGAGAUCACGGAGGCUGCGCGACACAUGGGUGUGCUGCGGGAGGCGCUGAGCGAGAUCGGCAUCAUGGGCAACCCCAACGAUGACGGUGAUGGCACCGACGGGCUGCUCACUGCGUUGCGGCAGUACAUGGCCUCGCUGUCACAGGAGGCGGGGCAGCUGCACAAGCAGCUAGACAAGCUGCGUGCUGUUGCGGAGGCGGCGGAGGCGGCCCGUUCCGAGCUGAGCGGCGCAGUGGAGGCGCGCGGGCGGGAGGUGGCGGCGGUACGGCGGGAGCUGCUGGAGGCGAAGAAGAUCCACUCGCAGCUGUGUGAUGCGCUGGAGGCCAUUGGUAUCGACCCCCGCGCGCCCGCCCUGCCCGCUCACGGCAUGCAUGAGACCAUGGACGGCUCCCUGGCUGCAGCCGGUGAGCACGGCAGCAGGCAGCCGGGACGCGCGGAAGUCAAGGGCCCCGGCGGCGCGCGGGACAAGUCCGGAGGCGGCGCCGACGCCCGCCGCGGUGGCAUGGUCAAAUUCAGCAAGGUGGCAGCGGCGAAGGAAAAGGCGCGAGAGCGAGCCAUGGCGGCGGCGUCGGCGCCGUCGCAGGGGUAUGGCCGUGCGUCGACCGUCAGCAUGCGUAGCGCCGCCAGCGGCAGCGUCGGCGGGCCGCCGGGGCGGCUACAGCUCCCAGCGGCGAUGUUGGCGGCGGCGCAAAUGCGUGCGGCGGAGGCGGCGGUGACGGGUGACGGCGAGGUGCCGGGUCCCGUCGCCGCUGGCGGCGGCGCCGCCAGCGGCAGCGGCGGCGGAUCCGUCGCCGCCACGAUUACCGCUUGGCGGUCUUCCGCCGCUGCCGCCACCGCCGGCGGAGGCGUCGGUGGCCCGGUUCCGGUUUACAUUCGUCCUGACAGGGCCGCGGCGACGGCACGGUUGCAGGAUGCGCUAACGCGCUACGCUGACGUCAAGCCUCGUACGGCGGAGUGGCUGUUAAAGCUGAUCGACGCCAUGUAUCGCGGCAAGGCUACCAGCGAUGAGCAGCGGUCCAAAAUGGGUCAGGAGCCGCUGACCAUGAUUGAGUACAUGUUCCAACACUUGUCAGGCGUGUACGGCACCAAGGAUCUUGUGAACCAGUACGCGGCCCAGCUGGUGGCCACCUGCCUUCAGUACUGCGCGGUUGACCCACGGGUCAGCACCUUCCAGCGCUUCCUCAUGGAGGAGUGGGACACGCGCGUGCUGUGCGCCUACCUGGAUGCCAGUCGCAAGCUGCAGGAGCCCACACGGGUGGCCGCAUGCGACUUCCCGCCCGACUACGUGCCGUCGGGGGGGCGCAAGGGCGACUCGGGGCCCGUGGACGUGCGCAAGGCGCUGUGGGUGGCGGAGAAGGUGCUGCUGCGCCGCUCGCCCAAGGCCGCCUACGUGUUCGCGCAGCUGCUCAACUCGCGCGCCGAGCCCAUCAGCGGCCAGGAGAUGGACCUCUACUUCGUGUCGCCCGGCAGCUACGGAGCGGAGCUGCAACAGGUCCGUCAGUUCGAGAUGGGUCGUGCGGAGUUCAAGCGCGUCAGCAGCGCGGUGUUCCUGGAUGCGCUGUGCGGCGAGUACGCGCGCAUGGAGGUGGUGUUCAGGGAGGUGCUGCCGGAGAUUUUCUCCCAGUACGACAACGAUGCCGACGGUUGGAUCACGCGGCGUGACGUGGCAUCCAUGGUAACCGACAUGGCGGCGGCCAUGGCCAAAGCGGGCAUGCAGUUGCCGUACACCUCCGCCGACGCGCCGUCGGGGCUACUGGCGGCAGCCAGCGGCGGCGGCGGCGGUAACAACCCGGGCGCCGAAGCCGACCGAGAGGGUACGACGGAGGCUCUGUGGGCUGCGCUGCUGGCGGCGGAGGCGGACGCACGCCUGCGGGCGGAUCCGGGGACUGUGUUUCCGGAUAACUGGCGUGGAGGUGCUGGGGGAGCCGGCGGUGGCGGCGCAGCCGCCGCGGGGGGUGGAGCCGGUGCUGGCGGCGCCGCCGCCGGGGGCGGUGGUGCAGGCGGCGGCUCCGCCGCCGCCACUGCCGGCAUUACGCAUGUGUCGGACGGGGGUUUCGUGGAGGGGGCGUACAAGUCGGAUUUCGUGCGUGCAUGGGUGCGGGCUUUCCGUACGGGCGCUGCGAUGCUGCCGGCGACUGGCGCGCUGGCGGAGUCCGACCUGCAAGCCGCUCGCGAGUCCGCCCGGCGGCUGCUGGCGGUGGUGGUGUCCCGCCACUGGGCGCACCACGGGGCGGCGCUGGAGGCCUUCUUCGCGGAUGCGGGCGUGCUGGCGGAGCAGCAGCUGCGGCAGCAGGCUGCCGUGUUGGACGGGGAGAUGGGCGGCAGCCACGGGGACGGCCGCGACGGCCCCCGCCGCGCCGCCGCUCUGGGCGCCGUGCUGCGGCUGCUGCUGGUGAAGAAGGCCGACCGGUUCACGGCGCUGCUGACCCCGGACAACCUGACUGGCGGGCCGCAUAACGGCCCCGCCUCCGAGCUGGAGGAGCUGCUGUCCCGCCUUACUGCCGCCGUACGGCUGCUGUACGGCCCCUCCGGCAGCACGUGGGUCAUGGGCGCGGAGAUGGACGAGCUGGCGGCGCUGAGCAGCCUGGACGCGGGGGAUGUGGAGGCGCUACCGCCGGGAUACAAGCGCUGGCUGGUUUCCGUGGCCGUCCGCUGCUGCGCCCUGCACGACCGCCUGCACCUCACCCUGCCGCCCUCGCCGCUGCUGCCGCAACUCCAAACCCACCGAGGAGCCUCCCACUGGGCACGGCUCUGGCGCAAGGCCACCGCCGCCGCCGUGGCCGCCAAGCGCCGCGCCUCAUUCAACAUGCGAGGGAGCGCCUCCAUGCUGCAACGCCGUACACCCUCCCCGGGCCCGGGUGGCAACGUGAGCAAUGACGGCCGGUCGCCGCUGGGGUCGCUGUCGUCACCUCAGGGAGGCGGAGGAGGUGGAGGCGGGGAUAGGAGCAGUGGCGGCAGCAGCGGUGUGAUCAUCAAUACCCCCGUUAGUAGGUUGACGACGUCGUCGAGUUUGGGCCGGAGACCUGGGUCUGGGUCUACU